AUGGCGACUGUUCCUGAAACUAACGAAGGUGGUGUAACAACCCCGAGCACAACAGUGAACAUAUCAAGUGGGUUUAUUGUUUUUUAUCUGAUUAUGCUCAUUUUUUCAGCGGUCUCGAAGAAGGACGAUGAGAAACGUGACCAAUGGGGAAAUCAGGUGAGCGAUUCUUAGGACAGAUGAGGAUCGAAAUUCUAUUGCAGUUUGAAUUCCUCCUGACGGUCCUCGGUCUUUCCGUUGGUCUCGGCAACAUUUGGCGCUUCCCGAUGCGUGCCUACGAUAACGGAGGAUGUUAGGAAGCUCUCAAAGUGAUAAAAUAAUGCUCAAUCUACUUCAGCGGCGUUCCUAAUCCCCUACAUGAGCUGCGCUGUUUUGUUCGGUCUACCGGCCAUGUAUCUGGAAGCCACCUUGGGACAGUUUCAUCGUGCGACGCCCCCGACCUUGUUUCGAAGGAUUGCGCCGAUUCUUCAAGGUAGUGAUUAGGUGACGUCAGCCGGAUUCUGUAAUGAAUCAGUAUGAAUUCUUUUACGCCUUUGUACCGCUCGAGCGGCGUCGGCGCCCCAAGUCGAUUAGCGGGGGUCCUAUUCUGAUGAUAAGGGGACUGGCUCUAGUGACAUCUCCGUCCUUGUAUAGGACGUUUGGGGAUUUCGGAGCCCUGGUUUCCCACUACCAACAUUUCUAAAUCCGCUUGCUUUGGGUCACGGCGGGGAUCGAACUUGUAAUAAAAAACACAAGUCUUCUUCUUCCUACGCCUUUGUACCGCUUAGGCGGCGUCGGCGGAUUAGCCGUUGUCCCAUCCUAAUAUUCAGUGGAGUGGCUCUAGUGACAUAUCGAUCCUUUGUGUGACGAUUGGGGAUUUCGGAGCCGUGGUUUCCCACUACCAACAUUUCUUAAACCCCUUAGAUCGCGAAGGGGAUCGAACUCGUGACCCUGUGGACCGUGAUCAGAAACACAACCUGUUGCGCUACGCAUAAGUUUUCCUUCGAAACUUAUUCAAAACCGAAAAAUACAGUAAAAAACUGAUUCUGCAAGGCUCCUAGCUCAACAGAUUUAUGGAGAAAGAAUCGGCAAAAAUGAACUCUCCUCGAAGGAUAUUCGAACCAAAGACGUAGAGCUUGUGACUCCGUCCUUUAUCCACUGCGCUAUCCGGCAAACUGAAGGGAACUCUCACGAUUUUAUACUGCUUCAAAGCCUGCUGGUCGCAUGUAGAAUGGUUAUAUGCGUUGCGUUACUCAUUCGUUCAGUGAAACUCUACAUUUCAAAACGCGCAGACAUGUUUACAGUCGGUUGAAGCUCCAACCGUCACAGAUUGCAGCGAACGAACUAUAUAACUUUGCAAGUUUUCAAUUCAGGUGUUGGUUGGAUGAACGUAAUGGUUGCGUCCAGCGUCUCGGUCUACUACAUUGUGCUCAUCGGCUGGAUCACGAUCUACAUGAUGGGCGUGUUCCUCGGCCACACUGACAAAUGGGUCCGGUGCGACAAUUCUUGGAACGACCCCAGUGAGCUCGUUUACCUUCGUUCUUUCUUGAAAGUAUCCUUCCAGACACCUGCUUCAGCCUGCGAGAACAGGAGCUCUGCUCGGCGAACAUGUCGUUUCCCGUGUAUUUCAACGGAACCUGCACCACACCACAAUACGUCAAGACUAUUGCGACCAUCGGCGCCACGGAGCAAUAUUUUACGUAUCUCCUUCUGUUUUUAUUACGGUGUAUCUUUAUCUUUAGUGAUUACGUCCUGCUGCCAUCCCAAGGCUUCACCGACUUCAACCUGAUGAAUUGGAAAUCCCUGGCCGGCAUGACGGCUUGUUGGAUUUUCACCAUAUUGGUCCUGCUGAAGGGCGUUCAGUACCUCGGGAAGACUUCCUAUGUUAGUUCCCCUAUUGAAAAAUAUAGUCCAUUCAUCUCGUCCGACUCGGCUACAAGCAAGGGACAACAGGAAAUGUGUCUUGAAGAAUAUGACAACGCGCAAGUCAUUUUCAGUCGGGUGCAAGAUGCACAUGUUGAGCGAUUCUCCUUACGUCGACAUUAAGAAUGUCUUGACCUUGUUUGCAGCCGCAUUUAAUAGAUGUCUUGCGUCGCGGUUGCGAAAAUUUUAACCGAAACAAAAGACGACUAUUCUUGAUACUACUCCUACUGGAAUGUCUUUAUCAAACAGUUGCACCGGACCAUAAGCCAAUUACGCCUUGAUCCGUGCUCUUCACCGGGCCGAAUUAUAAAAAAUUCGCUCUUUAAAAUGUCUACAGAGCGAAUUCCCUAGCUAAGCCAAUUUUUCCCGAAACUUCAGGUUACUGUAAUCCUGCCGUACGUGAUCGUCCUGAUCCUUUUCUUCCGCGGAAUCACGCUCGAAGGGGCUGAAGACGGCCUCUACUACUACCUGGGAAAGCCGGACUUCUCCAAAGUCUUCAUCAUGAAAACGUGGACCGAAGCCUUGAAGCAAAUGUGCUUUUCCUUGUCCGUGGGCUACGGUGGAAUGAUCACUCUCGCUUCGUUCAACAAGCCAAGAAACAAUUGCUUCCGAGUAUUUUGCCUACCGUAUCCCUGGUUACUGUGAUAUUUUUAGGACGCCCUGGUCGUCGUCAUCGGCGACACUUUCAUGAGCCUGAUCGGCGGCGCCGCCGUCUUUUCGACUCUGGGAUUUUUGGCUCGUCAGCGUGAUAUUGAAGUACCCGAAGUCGUCCAGAGCGGUAAUUGUUGUUGUCGUGACGUCACCGUCUGUAUUUUAAAGGUCUCUCGUUGGCGUUUGUCGUGUACCCCGAGGCGAUGAGCCGAAUGCCGUUGCCGUGGCUUUGGGCCUUCCUCUUCUUUAUCAUGCUCUUCUUCCUCGGAAUCAGCUCGGAGAUUGGUGAUUCCGACAUCAUUUUCAUUGGACUUCUUUUGUUUAAGCCCUCGUGGAAAUCGGCGUCGCUUCUUUUAUCGACCAAAUGCCCACUUGGAAGCCGAGACGUUGGGCCGUAGUCAUCGGAUGGUGCUUCAUUCUCUUCUCGUUCGGGCUUGUUAUGUGUACGGAUGUGAGUUUUGUAAUAUUCGAUGGUCGCACGUGGAAUUUCCUAUUUUCAGGGUGGAUUCUACUGGUUCGUCAUGUUUGACGAAUACGCGGCCGGAGUUUCUUCCUGUGUCUCAUUGACGGUUGAAAUCCUCGUCAUUGCCUAUGUCUAUGGUACAUUCUGAAGCUUGCUUAAGAAAAGUGCGGAGGCCUCUGCUACCAUGACAAUCGAACUUUUGACCUUGUAACCCACGGCGUUUUUUUGACGACGGCCCGCCCAUGUUUUUUCCGUAAAGUGUAGUGUGUCGUGUGCAUACACUGCGGCGCUCUGGCACACGAUCGUAAUUUUCGCGAACUUAAAUCCAGUUAUAUUUUCCCCUAUCUGGUCGCUAUUUUAAAUAUCCCGGAAUCACUGUUCUACAUUUUUCAAAAUCUUCAGGCAGAAGAAACCAGGAGCUCGACAUGCUGGAAAUGUUGGGUCCCCCGAAAAAUGCCAUCACCAAGCUGAUUGGCCAGCACUCGCCAUAUUACCAGUUCAAUUGGAUGCUUGUCACACCAACUCUUGGAACGGUAGGCACCAUUUGGUGGCACUGGGAAUGGCUUGAAACCGCCCCGCGACCGCGACGCGUUAGGCCCUUACGAAUAUACUUUUUCGUGAAAAAUGAUACGUUUUGAUUUCCUCUCCAAGUUUCAUCACUGAAGUUUCUCAAAAUCUAGCCAAGCUGCUAGUAAACCGCUACGCGGCCGCCUCGCAUAGAUCCAUUCCAAGUGCGGCCUCGAAAAAUGAUUUACUUUCAGGCUCUCGUUAUCCUUUCCAGCAUCCGCGACUAUCCUUUUGAGGGAGACCCGAACAAGUACCCUGUCCUAUUCGAUGUUUGCAAACCUUGAAAAUCUUGAAAACCCGUUCAUUUUCAAGAUUGUCGGCUGGUUCGUUUGUUCUAUUCCCGUUCUGAUGCUGCCGAUUUUUGCCCUAGUCGCAGUUUGGCAAUUUGGAAAGGAUGGAUAUGUUAGUUUUCCCAAUGAUAAGAAAAGUAUGAUCAAAUUCAGCUCCUCCGCGGAAUAUUCAUGAAACAACGCCAAUUGCCUUCCUACCCCCGAAUUUACGCGGAAAUGACCCUCGAAGAGAAGAAUUUGCAGGUUUUCCCUUGAUGUACACUUUUCACAAAAAAAAAAUGCGAAAGUUCGUUUUUUAUCCAAUGAUUAAAAAGCUAAUUUUGAUUCAAAUAAUUUUCCAGCGAAUUUUGCCCGACCGCGAGCCUUGGAGCAGUGCCGUCAAUGGCUAUCAGUUCCCCGAUGUUCUACCGGCCGAUGACUCUGACCCACCUUUGAUUCCUAACGCAUCCAAGAUGACGAGGUUCGUCGCGGCUGACGUCAACUCGAAGGCUUCGCCGGUUGAAGUCAAGAGUUCUCCUGGUUCUGAUCCCGGCACUCCGAAAGGAAAUUCGAAGGUGUCCUCCGUCGAAUAGUUCCCUGAACUUUAUGAUUUUUGUCAUUUUAAUAAAGUUAAUUUGACUUUUACAUUCGCUUUGCCAUUGAGGGCGUUUAAAGUGAAUCAGUGAAGUUCAACACUAUAAAUCUCUUUCAGUGUUCUCUUUUUACGUUUUCGAAACUCGUAGAAAUCAUUUUGAACGCGACGUUAAAAAGACAAAAAUUUGAGAUGAGAAAUUUUCUUACGCCAAGUACGCAGGCACGCUUGGAAAAUAUCGCAUGCUCUGUUAAAUUGAAAAAAUUUUCUUAUUUUUUGUUAACAAUUUUUUCGCUUGUGAUGCUUCUUAAAAUGUUCUAUUUUUAAUUAAAUAUGGAUGGGAGUACGAAGCUUUGAUCCAAAAAGAUGAGAAAGCAAAAAUGUUCCAAAUUUUUAGAAUAUUUCAAAAACGAUUGGAAAAGUUUUUAUUUAGAGUUUUUCCGCUUCACCGCAUUUUUCCGGUUGAAAUUUAUUGAACUUAUAUUUGAAUACGCAAUUUUUCCAUUUCUAAGGCUCUUUUUCAUUUCUUUUUUUCUACAUUUUUUCUUUUUUUAAAUAUUAUGUUUUUCAGGCUGUAGUGUAGAUUUACAAUAAAUUUAUCGUGAUGAUAACGUCGCUGGCUGCAGAAAUUGGGGCAUUACGCCUAGUUUCAGCUUGUUCUAGUCAGGUAAAUAAUUUGGAAAGAAGUUUUCAUUGGAAAAUAUUUUUUUAGAUGAUUGUGGCUAGGCGGCACCUUCCUGCCCGUGGAACCAAACCAUUGCCGCGUUAUUUGUGGGAUAUGGAAGAUUUGGAGAAAAAAUCCGGCGGCCAAUAUACUCCCGAACCUCUUAGAAUCAAUAGGUUGUUGUAUUUUAUGAAAUUUAUUUUAAAAUAUGAAUUUCAGAUUGGGAGGAAGAAAUCCGGAAACGGGCCGAAAAGUCAACCAACAUAUUGGCGGCGGAACGAAAUUCGAUUAUUUUAUGAUCGAUUUUCACAGAAGGUCGAGUUUUUUGAAGUUUAUUUGUUCAUAAACCCUUCUAAGGGAUUCGAAGACUUUCAAUACAUUGAAAACCAUUGGAAAACGGGUUUUCGUUUUUUUGUCCGGGCUCUGUUGAAAAAAUCUCAAAUGAAUUUAAACAGACCUUACUCUUUUAAUAUCAUCUCUUAUUUUCUGAUUGUACUAAUGAAAUUUUUUCAGCGCUCCAUUGUGUUUGUAUUCCUAAAAAAAUCCAUUCAAAAGAGAUUUUUUUAAAAAAAUGAUAAGGAAAAAGAGAUGAAAAAAUAUUUGCUUCUUCAAAAAAGGAUUACUAAUUCUUGCUACAUUAAAUUUUGAGAGCUUCAGUUAAAAAAUACGCUAUUUGAACCUGUUUCAAUAGUGGAAUCAACACGGUUAUUAAAAUUUAAUAAUAAUUAAUUUUUAAAAUUUUGAAACUGAGAUUUUUUUAAUGGAACAAGUGGUGAUCAACAUGGAAUUUGAAGAUUUAUUUAUUUUUCAAAAAUAUUUUUUUUUGUGAAUUUUAUAUUUUUUUAUGCCUUUUUUUAUUUCAUACAUAGUUUUUCAACGUAAAAUUAUCCGCAAGCUUUGAAUUUUUUGAUAAAUAUUCAAAUUUUAGAUGAAGGCUUACUUCACUAGUUACAAUUUCAAUACGCUCGGCUAAAUAUUACAUAGUUUUCAGCUUUAAAAAAUCGCAUUGUUUUAUUUUCAACAAUUAUUCAAAUUUAGAGGCCCCACGGAAGCCGGAGAAACUUACGACGAACGAGUUUUGGAGGUUCGGCGGGAUCCGAACAGAACUUCGCACAUUGCCCUCCUCGCCGGCCAGAAAGGCAAAAGAUGGAUUUUGGCCACGGAAAACAUGAAGUUUACCGUAUUUAUUGAUCAAAAAUCAAUAAAAUAUCAAUUAAGAGCCGGCGAUAUCGUCUCAACAACUUGCCAUUUGUCGGAAAAUCCGGUUAUUGGCGUCGAAGGGAACGCCUAUCCCUUGGGCUCCCUGGCCAUUGGAACCAUUGUUAAUAGGUUUGGUUUGAAAAAAAAAGAUAGAAACUUUCUAAUUCGUGAAUUGAAGUUUUAAAAAUGUUUACUUUAUUUAGAAACCUUUCGGUGUUUUUUAACAAAAUUUCAAAAAAUAUUCUAAGAAAAAUUUCAUUUUUAAAGUCAUUUUUUGUGUUUUGAGACUUUUUGAAAGCAUAGGCAACCUUUUUAAAAAUACCUAUUUUUUUCAGCCUUCAUUUUUUUGUAAAAUUAUUUUUUUGUAGUCACAUACUACUAGUUUUUUUCAUAGUGUUCUGCUUUUUUUUUGAUGAAAUUUUCGAAAUUUAAAAACUAUUAUGUGUUGAAAAAUGAACAAUUUUCAAUAGAACAGUUCCUAAUUUUAUUUCAAAUAAUCAGAGUUUCUGUGAAAAUUUUUAGUGGCCUCUAUAGGGUUUUGACGUUUUAGUGGCCAUUCUAGUGUCCUCUCCAAGUAGUCCUUGGCGAGCCUCUAUAGUGGCCACCAAAAACUUUCCCAGUUUCUAUUAUCGUAUCAAUUUUUUUGAACCUUGUAAAAUUCGUGAUGGUCAUUAGUUUCAUAAGCAAAGUCGAAAAAGGUGUAAAAGAGUUUCCAUAAAAAUGUUCCUUUUAGGAUGACAAAGGUUCCUUUUUGCUGCCUUUUUGCGCCAUUUUAUCAGCCCUUAUGCAUCAUUUUUGCUUCCUCUGCCUUUUUUCCAGCAUUUUUUGAGCCUUUAAAAUCACAGAAAUUAUGGGAAGGACUCUUUUCGCAGCCUUUCUACAACCUUUUUUGAGCCUCUUCUUUUUAGCGACCAUUUUCCACCAUUCCGACUUCGCUCGAAAGUUUCGCUUUUUUAAAUUAAUUUUGUUCCUUUUUCGCAUAUUUUUCAUGAAGGAUGGAUAAAAAAAAACUACAUUUUUACAGUUUUGAAGUUCCGAAAAAUGAAAAAAAAAAAGAAAUAAAAGUUAAGACAAAUAUUGCAAAAAAAAAGUCAUGAAAGUAUUUUUAAAACGAAUUUUCAGCGUCGAACGGUAUCCAACCACGGAAUCCGAAGUUUUUGUCCAAUCGGCCGGCGCCGCCGCCACGAUUGUCCGACAUCAAGGCGAUUUCACCGUUGUUAAGGUGAAAUAUCAUGAUUAACUUCCUUUUUUGCUACUAGAGAUGUCAUUUCAGAUUUUAAAAUCAUUUACUAUUGUUGAGGAGUUAUAGAAAAGUUGUACAAAGGUCUCAAAACGAAGAGCCGUUUUCAGUGUUAAAAGCAACCUUAAAAUAAUUUUUCGAAAAAUAACUUUUUUUUUUCUUUCAAGUUGCCUCACAAACACGAAUUUUCCAUGCAUCGGGAGUGCAUGGCGACGGUUGGAAGAUUGUCUCAUGCCGAUAUUUCUUCGAAGAUUUUCGGUUCGGCUCAAAUGCACAGAAGGUGAGGGGAAAUAGUUCUUUUAGUAAUGGAUAUUUGGGGGAUAAAAUGAAUUAGUGGAAAAUUUUCAAAGCCGAAAUCUACAGUACUGGGAAACUGUUUAGUGGCCACUAUAGAGGCUCGCCGAGGACUACUUGGAGACGACACUAAAGUGGCCACUAAACCCACCUCUAUAGUGGCCACUAUUUCCGGUAGAGUGGCCGCUUCAGUAUUUUUGCGUCCAGUAUUCCUUCCAGUAACUCUGAUAAUUUUAAAACAAACAGAUUGGACCAGUUAUGUUGAUCCAUUGACCCCUUAAGUGGCCACAUAAAUUCUAGUGGUCUAGUAGUAGAACUUAGACCUCUAUAGUGGCCACUAAUUUUUAACCCCAUAAGUGGCCACUAAUUUGACUCCUAUAGUGGCCACUAAAACGUCAAAACCCUAUAGUGGCCACUAAAAAUUUUCCCUGUAGGUAAAGGAAAGUUCUCAUAAAGAGUAAUAUUUAAAGGAAAAAUUAAUUUAACGAAGAUUUUUGUGAGUUCAAAUGCAUAAUAGUUCGUAAAAUAAAAAUUAAAGAUUUGAAAAAAUUUCUAAAAAUCGAGGAAGACCUGAGAUAGACGAUCAAGAUAAAUUUACUGAAGUUGUAUCUUUAUUUGAAAUACCACAAAUUCUUUUCCAGGUUCGGCUACAAAAUGUCAAGCGGGCUGUUCCACAAGAAGGAUGGCUACUUUGGUAGAAAGGUCUGUUUUAAAAAUAUGCGUAGAUAUAUGAUUUUGUAAUCAAUUUACUGUAACUUCACUUUGAUUUUUCAACGAAAAUUGAUCAAACCUUCAUUUAUCAAAUUCUCCGCGUUUCUUUCCAAAAAAGAAGGUUCAAUUUUAAGUUUCCCAAAUUUCGGUAAGAUUACUUCUUGAAGGUUACUAUUCUGAAAGGGUGCAGAACUUGAUUUUCGAGAUUUUUUGGUCAAGGAAACUUUUUUCAGACCAGUUUUCUUUUAAAUUUUAUGACUUGGCCGGUAGUUCAACUUGAGCGGUGACCUGUGCCUUUAAUAAGACCCACGAGUCAUCAAUUUUUUUUAUCGAUGACUCUCCAUGCGCCUUUAAUAAGACCCACAAGUCAUAAAUUAUUUUAUCUGCGUGUCAGAUCUCUUAUGACGCGACGAAACGCAAAAGAAAAAUAAUUGGGUCCUGAAAUAGGGCUCUUAUUAAAGGCGCGUGAGGUGUCGCCGUCAUUUAGCAUUACCACGCGACUUUACACGCCGUUCCAAGCCAGUCCGAAUGGACUAUUUUUUACCGUUUUUGAGAUUUUCCUGCAGUACUUCAUCCUCUUCAGGUCCGCGCCCUACCACCCGUCCGAGUCCUGGAUGCCCCUCCGACGGAACCUCCGCCGAAACAGCGCUUCACCCUCACCAAGGACGACCUCUCCGGUCUGCACGGCCACGCAAAAGUGCACAAUUUGCUCCCCUCCGGCUAUAACACCCGAGAUUAUCCCCAAUAG